GUGGUUUCACUACGCCCGUGGCUUUCUCAUUGAUCGUAUGUUACCUUCGUGAACAAUGACUAAAGACAAAGAGGUGCUAUAUACUAGCUCUCUACGCCCACGUGUCUGUCUCGAUGUGUUUCACCUAGGAGGAGAGAAGAGGGGAACAGACUGACGUAACAUAGUCCGGCACCCUCCGCCGCCACAUCAUCCUCUUCUCAGCAGCAGAACGACCCUUCUCGGUGAAAGUGAACAGAAUAUACAAAGGACAGACAGAGGAGACGGAAAAGAAACCAAAACGUAUAGAGUAACGAUUCUCACAUGCUUGCUUUUGGUCGUAGUUGAUAAGGAUCGCGCGCUUGAACUAGAAAUAAGCUACAUGAUAUUUUAGCCGACGUGUUACUAUUUUAGCGUCUAUAAACUAUUCAUUGUUUAUGUCAAGAGUAUAAACUGUAACACAUUGAGGUUUCAAGAACUCUUGGAAAAUGCUACAAUCUCUAACUAGCAAUUCGUGUGUGCGGUUGAUACAAAGUCACAAAUCGACAUGGUAUUUUUUGAUUCUAGUCUUGGGAUAUAUUCUUUAUCUUAUAUUCGGAGCUGUUGUCUUUUCAUCGGUGGAACUGCCUUAUGAAGACCGGCUAAGACAGGAGUUACGAACCAUCAAAAAACUGUUCCUCCAAGACAACGAAUGUCUGUCGGAAGAACGCCUUGAGGAGUUUUUGGAAAAAGCGCUCGAGGCCAGUAACUAUGGGGUGUCCAUUCUCAAUAACGCAUCGGCAAAUUGGAAUUGGGACUUCACCUCCUCGCUCUUUUUCGCCAGUACUGUAUUGUCUACCACAGGAUACGGUCACACCGCUCCGCUCUCCGACGGGGGAAAAGCUUUCUGUAUCGUCUACUCUGUGCUCGGUAUCCCCUUCACCCUCCUCUUCCUCACCGCCGUGGUCCAACGCAUCAUGAUCUUCAGCACCCGCCGGCCCGUCCUAUAUGUGUCCACCCGCUGGGGCCUGUCCAAACCUUUGGUAGCCAUGGUCCAUGCCACGCUCCUCGCCAUCCUGGCUGCUUCCUGUUUCUUCCUCAUCCCGGCGGCCAUCUUCUCCUCCCUAGAGGAGAACUGGAACUUCCUGGAGAGUUUCUACUUUUGUUUUAUAUCUCUCAGUACCAUCGGACUGGGAGAUUACGUACCAGGAGAGUCCUUCAACCAGAGGUUCAGACAGAUCUAUAAAGUGGGCAUCACUGUCUACCUCCUCCUGGGCCUGGUCGUGAUGCUGGUGGUCCUGGAGACGCUCUGUGAGCUGCAGCAACUGAAGACCCUGAGGAAGAUGUUCUAUCUGAAGAAGGAGAAACCACAGGACCACUUGGCUAUACUGGAGCACGACCAUCUGUCCUUCACCUCCGUGUCCCACCGGAACAACUCCUCCUCGCUCAGGGAGGACAAGAACGUGCCCUUCGUUAGUGUCCCCGAGCUGGCCUCGCCCGGUGGGGACGACCCCAUGAUCGGCUAGAAAGGGGGUUGGGAUAGUUAAAAUGUUGGGGUGAAACUAGGGAAGGACAAGGAGAGUAGAAGUGUAGUGAGGGGGGAGGGAUGGUGAAACUAGGGAAGGACAAGGAGAGUAGAAGUGUAGUGAGGGGGGAGGGAUGGUGAAACUAGGGAAGGACAAGGAGAGUAGAAGUGUAGUGAGGGGGGAGGGAUGGUGAAACUAGGGAAGGACAAGGAGAGUAGAAGUGUAGUGAGGGGGGAGGGAUGGUGAAACUAAGGUUGCAUCCCAGUUCUCUAUCCUUCUUCUGAAGUGUGCACUUGAUCACUGCAUUUGUCAUUAUACCCCGAUGAAGACAGCUUGUCUGUGGAAACGUUGGUUAUUAGGUUAUUAAAUGAUUGCAUCUGAGCCCCUGGGUGUGCAGCUCUCCUGUUCUUUUCCAAGUGUUCUACUCCCUAAGACAGCACCUCGCCUAAACACGUGUGUGUUUCUAUCACCUCUUGAUCACUGCCUACCAUGAAUUCUCUCUAGGUGAAACUCUCUGUAACAUUAGCUGAAAAUCUCUAGGCGAAACUCUCCCCAGUCGAUGCUAACACCAAUUCAAUGCUUUUCAAUAAGAAGGGUAGAGAAUCGGGAUGCAGCCUAUGAAGGAAGGCGUGGGAACGGGGAUACCGGGGACUCAUAGGAGAGUAGAAGGGUAUUUCAGAGAACUUCAGAACGUAAGCUUCAGCAAAAGGAUACAUUUUAAAAACAAAAGCUUGACUUCAAACCACUGUUAGUAAUAUUGACUACGAUAGUAUUGUAACCCUUUAUCAUCCACGGGGAACUUAACUAUCAAAACAUGUAGCCUCCAUAUGUCUAGUUGAUGUGUACGCUGGUUAACUUAACGAUAAGGGAAAUGUCAGCCUUACUAUUGGAGCUUGGCUCAUUGUCAGGAUCCUUGUUCAGAACAGCCUUGCUAUCUAUCUACUGUUCUUAUAUAGACUAUAUCCAUAUCUAUCAUGUGUUAUGAACACGCUCAUAGUGAGUUAUGAUGCAGUCAUAAUGCGUUAUGAGCACAGUUAUAAACACAUAGAUAUGGGCUUCGUAGAAAGUUGAUAGAAAGUCCUACUAACUUGACAAUAGCACAGUUGGGAACAUUUACUAGGACAUCCACCUGGGAAAAUGGAAGCUAAUAUCACAUUAUACUGUUAGAGUCUGUACACAUAGUACUGGAUGUAGUUAUAAGGUAUAUUUUACAGGAGUGAACUGAAACGCAUGUAUUCAGGUUAACUGGAUCAGGUAUACAACCGUAGCACAUUUCAUCAUUGUGAAAUUCCCUGAAUAUGAAUUACAGUAAGAUGUUUAUUUGAUGCUAGUUUAAAGUACAAGUUGUGAUGUUAUUUUGAGGCAGUUAAAUGUUUCUUGACUAGUGCUGUAAUACUGCUGUAUUUAUCAUGUUAUUUAGUCUGAAAGAAAGGGACUUACUGUGUCUAAUGUGUGGUUUAUUGUAUGUUAAAGGGACGGUUAAAAAGGGAACACGAACAAGGCAGUCUGAAUCCUUUUACACUGUGAGAAGAAAUGAUGCUGUAUAGAACCAUAAAAGGUUCAGUGACUCAUCUCAUAAGGCCCUCAUAAAGCACCUUAUUUUUAGCAGUGUAUUCUCAUCAAUCAUAUGACCACAGCAGGUUACUGAACACCUUAUGUGAACCACUCAGAAAUGGGAAAUGACCGGGUUGAACAUUUUGGACCAAAAAUGAUUGGUUCUGGAAAGUACAAAAGUUAUAUCCUGUACUUCAGAUUUAAGUGAGAGGACAAAGAAGAACUGAAUUUAGAAGAAGUGAUGUUGUUGUUAGAAGACUUGCAGUGUGUGUACAGAUAUAGGAUCUUAAUUUGACCAGUAUUGUCACAGCAAAAUAAUCCUGCAGGAACAGGAUUUUAACAUUUAGUCCAUAAUGUUGCUUGAUUAGUGGUUAGGCUAUUAGCUGGCCAAAAGUAGGCUACAUGAAAAGUGCAAUACUGUUAAUAUAACUGUGUUAGUGCGGGUUUUUAGUGAAUGUAUGUAAAUCACAAAGCUCAUCUGCAACAAAAGAGUGAUCAAAUUAAGAGCCUACAUCUGUAAAGCUUUAGGACUGCUCUGUGACAGACAAGAAACGUCUGAUUAUUUGAUACUGCAAAUCACUAUUUAAAAACAUGACUAUAAACUAGUUUUGAACUAUUUUAGAAAGAGCUUAGUAUUUCUGGGGGAUGUUAAGAGUAGUGUUUACAAAUGUGUGUUUGUAAUUUAUGCCGAUGAUGAUUCUAAUAAAGGUAUUCCGUGAGAGACUCAGAGGAA